AUGUUCAACUACCUCCGGAAACGCUUUACCAGCCACAUCAGAGAACGUAGCCGGCGAAGAGCAAGGCUUGUCUCUAAAGAUGGAAGGUGUAACAUAGAGUUUGGCAAUGUAGAACAGUCAAGGUUUGUCUUUUUGAUUGAUAUAUGGACAACUAUCCUGGAUCUCAGAUGGAGAUACAAAAUGACUAUCUUCAUUUCAGCAUUCUUGGGCAGCUGGUUUCUGUUUGGUCUCCUCUGGUACGUUGUGGCAUACAUACACAAAGAUCUUCCAGAAUUCAAUCCUUCCAUAAAUCACACCCCCUGUGUUGAGAAUAUCAACGGCCUGACUUCAGCUUUCCUGUUCUCCUUGGAGACCCAGGUAACCAUCGGUUAUGGCUUCAGAUGUGUCACAGAACAAUGUGCCACUGCCAUUUUCCUGCUCAUCUUCCAGUCUAUCUUGGGGGUAAUCAUCAAUUCUUUUAUGUGCGGUGCCAUCUUGGCCAAGAUAUCGCGGUCCAAAAACCGGGCUAAGACCAUCACCUUCAGCAAGAAUGCUGUCAUCAGCAAACGUGGUGGGAAGCUCUGCCUCCUUAUUCGGGUGGCAAACCUCAGGAAGAGUCUGCUGAUUGGGAGUCACAUCUACGGAAAGCUUCUGAAGACCACCAUCACCCCAGAAGGAGAAACAAUCAUUUUGGACCAGGUCAACAUAGAAUUUGUAGUUGAUGCUGGCAAUGAGAAUCUCUUCUUCAUUUCCCCAUUAACUAUUUAUCAUAUCAUAGAUAAGAACAGCCCAUUCUUCCACAUGGCAGCAGAAACCAUUCUGCAGCAAGAUUUUGAAUUGGUGGUGUUUUUAGAUGGCACUGUUGAAGCCACUAGCGCUACCUGUCAAGUGAGGACAUCCUACAUCCCAGAAGAGGUGCUCUGGGGCUACCGCUUUGCUCCCAUUGUGUCCAAGACCAAAGAAGGGAAAUACAGAGUAGACUUCCAGAACUUCAGCAAGACAGUGGCUGUGGAGACUCCCCACUGUGCCUUCUGUCUCUACAAUGAGAAAGAAGCUAAAGCCAAAGAGAAGAAAGGUUAUGACAAUCCUGGUUUUGUCUUGUCAGAAGUUAGUGAAACCAGUGACACAAAAAUGUAG